AUGUCCCACCUCCGCACGGCCUGGCUUGGUGCCCUGGGACCGCCCUGGGACAGCCCUGGUUCCCCUGUCCGCUCCGCUCUCGUCACGCCGCUCCCUGCCACAUUAGCGCCGCGGCCUCAGAGGUCUCUGCAGCGGCGUUUGCCUCGUGGUCGUCAUUACCUCCUCUGCUGCUCUGUUCUCUGUGGGUUUGGGCUGAAAGUGCUGAACAAGCGUCAGGAAACUCCCUCUCCUCUCCAGGGACGCUCUUUCUUCUCCGGCUCGUGCUUUCUCUCAAAGGGCUCGCAACAAACUCAUCUGAGAAAAUGA